AGCCAUUGAAGUGUCAAGAUCUGAAGGCUCUCGGGAACGGCUGACUAAUAAGUUUGAUCCAGAGAUAAGUUCUCAUACAAGCCGAACAUCGUCUCCGCUGUUUUGGUGACACGGGAACAUACAAUUAUGAAUCCAAAAGAUCCAUUGGAAGAGACAGGAGGAAACUCCGUUCCAUUGUGUUUGGCCUGUGGCCAAAGGCACCUUCCAGAAGAGAACCAUACAUACACCUACACAGAAGAUGUAGAUGAUGACCUGAUCUGCCACAUUUGCUUGCAGCCUUUGCUUCAACCUCUGGAUACACCCUGUGGACACACAUACUGUACAGUUUGCCUUACGGAUUUCCUUGUGGAAAAAGACUUCUGCCCUAUGGACCGCAAAGCUCUAGCUCUACAGAGGUGCAGAAAGCCAAGCAUCCUAGUGAAUAAGCUGCUGGAUAAGCUACUGGUGAACUGUCCUUUCACAGAACACUGUUCAGAAAUUCUGCAACGCUGUAAUCUUGAGCAGCAUUUUCAGAAUGGGUGCAAAGGGGCUUCUCACUAUGGAUUCACCAAGGAGAGAAAGAGAACUUUGCCAGCUGGAUCUGCUGAUUUGAAUGCUGCUUUAACAGUGCCUGCCCUUGGAUCUGAGUUCUCUGCUGCCGCCACAAUUGCCUUAAUGACAGAUGAACCAGGGCUAAUUAACCCUGCCUUCAAUGCCAAUUUUGAGGACAACUCACCAGGAACCAACCCCACCCGUCUUUAUAUAAGCCAGCAAUCUAGAACCACAGCUUCACAGUUUGAGCGUUCUACUGUACGAAGCAGGUCUUUUAAAAAGAUAAACAGAGCUCUCAAUGUCCUUCGAAGGACAAAAAGUGGCAGUGCUGUGGCUAACCAUGUUGAACGGGAACGAGAAAAUGUUGAAAAUCUGAUUGCUUCACAGGCAGCCUUUCCAAGGCUAUAUCAUCUCAUUCCAGACGGGGAAGUUACCAGUAUUAAGAUCAACCGCCGCCAUCCCCAUGAAGGCCUGGCCAUCAGAGUAGUGGGUGGCAGCGAAACGCCUUUGAUUCACAUAAUCAUCCAACACAUCUAUCGAGACGGCAUCAUUUUCAAAGAUGGAAGGCUACUGCCAGGAGAUAUGAUCCUGAAGGUCAAUGGCAUAGAUAUCAGAAGUGUGCCUCACAGCUACGCCUUGCUCGUCCUGAGACAACCAUGUCAAGUUCUCCGUCUCACUGUGCUCAGAGAGCAAAGGUACCAUUGUGGGAAUUCUGGACUUUUCCCUGACGUUCCCUGCCACAGGGAUGAGAAUUUGCACGUUACUCUGAACAAAAACAACCCAGACCAACAGCUGGGCAUCAAGUUGAUCCGUAAGGCCAACGAAGAUGGCGUUUUCGUGUUCAACCUGCUGGAAGGAGGCCUUGCUGCCCGUGACAGGGAACUUCAAGAGAACGAUAAGGUUUUAGCCAUUAACGGACAUGACUUACAGCACGGAAGUCCAGAAACCGCAGCUCAGUUGAUACAGGCUAGCAAGAGGCAGGUUCACUUCAGCAUUUCCAGGCAAACCAGGCGACAGACCCCGGAUAUUUUACAGGAAACUGGCUGGGAUUGCCACGGUAGCCAUCUACCCUUCCUUGCGGUACGCGACCAUCCUAGAAAAAGCGUCCUUCAUGCCGUUACCUGUCAUGAAAAAGUGGUGAUUGUCCGAAAAGAUAAUGCAGAGUCCCUGGGAAUGACGGUGGCAGGAGGUUGUUUAUCUUCGCACAGGGAAUGGAAUCUACCUAUUUAUGUCUUAAGUGUGGAACUGGGUGGCGUCAUCAGCAGAGAUGGCCGGAUCAAAACAG